GUAUUUUCUCAUUCGAUUUAACAUUUCAGGAGAGGUUUUGGAAAAUAAGAAAAUCGGAAUUGAAUAUUUCGAUGGAGACAAAAGCGAAGUCGGCCAAUAGUUUUCAGGAGCUGGUGAGCGAGUGCAGAAAGGUGUUUGACUCUGGAGAUGUAGUGGAUGUGGAUUAUAUAAUGGAGCUCCUUGCUUCCUACACGUCGAAGCCAGAGGAGUGGAAAAAGUUUGCCAAAUUCGAUCGUCACAGGUACACCAGAAAUUUGGUUGAUGAAGGAAAUGGGAAGUACAACAUGAUGUUGCUAUGCUGGGGAGAAGGGAUGGCAUCCAAUAUUCACGAUCACUCAAAUGCCCAUUGCUUCAUGAAGAAUCUUAUGGGUGAUUUGCUUGAGAGAAGAUAUGACUUUCCUGCAGAAGAAGGAGGUGAAAUGGUCGGGAGGGGAACACAGGAUCUGAAACUCAAUCAGGUGGCUUACAUAAAUGAUGAACUGGGCCUGCACAGAGUGGAGAACCCAAGUCACACAGACGUUGCAGUGAGUCUCCACAUUUACAUCCCGCCGUUUGACCAGUGCAACAUCUUUGACCCUCGCACUGGCAAGCAAAACGUCAGCAAAAUGACCUUCUGGAGCCGCUACGGAAAACGAACACCCUUCCAGUAA